AUGAUGUGGAAAUAUUUACUUUUCCUUAUCAUCUCUGUGGAACUGUCAUCAGCAACAAAGCCGGCAAUUGUGGAGGUGCCACGUAAAGAACAGUCAGAGCCCCCUGCUAAGCAAAAUGUUUUGCUGCUUCUCGCGGACGACGGUGGCUUUGAGAUGGGAGCCUAUCGGAAUCGAAUUGUCCAAACUCCCAAUCUAGAUGCCUUAGCAAAAGAAAGUGUAAUCUUCAACAACGCUUACACUUCAGUUAGUAGUUGCUCACCUAGUAGAGCAGCCCUACUUACCGGUCUACCAAGUCAUCAAAACGGGAUGUAUGGCCUACAUCAAGAUGUUCAUCACUUCAGUUCAUUCAAUUCUAUCCUCAGUCUUCCAAAUAUUCUCAGCAAGAAAGGAAAUAUACGAACUGGAAUUAUCGGAAAGAAGCAUGUAGGCCCAUCGGAAGUGUUCAAGUUUGACUUUGAAAGGACGGAAGAACAAUACCCAAUCAAUCAAGUUGGACGAAAUAUUACAAAUAUCAAAAACCUCGUCAAGGAAUUCCUUCAAUCAAAUGAUACUCGACCCUUUUUCCUAGUUGUGGCCUUCCACGAUCCUCAUCGUUGUGGACACGUUACCCCAGAGUACGGACCCUUUUGCGAACGUUGGGGAAGUGGUGAGGAAGGGAUGGGCCUUAUACCGGACUGGCAUCCAAUCUACUACGUCUGGGACGAAAUUGAUUUACCCUUCUAUGUACCCGAUACCGAACCAGCUCGACGAGACAUUGCUGCCCAGUACACAACUAUAUCUCGCCUAGAUCAAGGGGUAGGGCUAGUUCUAAAGGAACUCCAAAACUCCGGUUUUGAUUCCAACACCCUUGUAGUCUACACCUCAGACAACGGACCACCACUACCAUCAGGGCGAACAAAUUUCUACGAUCCCGGAAUCGCAGAACCAAUGUUUAUUAGAUCCCCUGCUUCAGAUGCGAGAAGGAACGAAGUCACCUAUACCCUUACCACUCUUCUAGAUCUAGUUCCAACAUUCUUGGACUGGUUUGGCGUGGAAUACCCCAAGAAAUCCAAAACCAAACUGACAGGAAAAUCUCUACUACCAAUUCUUACCUCCGAGCCCCCCAUUGAUCAAGAUGCCGCAAUAUUUGCCAGUCAAUCAUACCACGAAGUCACCAUGAACUAUCCCAUGAGAGCCAUCCGAACUAGGCGAUACAAGCUAAUCCACAAUCUAAACUACCAAUCACCCUUUCCCAUUGAUCAAGAUUUCUACGUAUCACCAACUUUCCAGGACAUUCUCAAUAGAACUCUUACAAAGACACCCCUACCCUGGUAUAAGAAUCUCAGGAAGUACUAUUUCAGAGAUGAAUGGGAAUUAUUCGAUUUGAAACAAGAUCCGGGAGAAUUGAGAAAUCUUGCUGGAAACAAAGGUAUGGACAAGGUUAAGAAAGAACUUCAGGAACGCCUACAAAAAUGGCAACAAGACACAGAUGAUCCCUGGCAAUGUGCUCCCCAUGCGGUACUUCAAGACAAAGGAGAAUUCAAAGAUGAUCCACAGUGUUUAACUCUGGGACAUUCUGAUCUCUAAAAUCAUUUUAGUGAUCAUUUGAUUUUAUUUACAUUAUUUUUUAACAAUUAAUUUUUAUUGAGACGAAAAUCGAUAAAUUUUUGCAGAGAUUAUUACUUUACACAAUCAACAAAUUUCUUAAAAUUUACUUCCAUACUCUCUAACAAUACUCACAAAAUUGAAGAUAGGCUUAGUACAAUAAUUGAUAAGUUUCUGUGAGGAGCAUAAGAUUUAAAAUACUCAUUAUAAUAACUUUUUUAUGUAAGGUAAACUUAUUAAAGACCUUGAAAAUAAA